UCCACCUGCAACGUCUCUUCAAUUCAGCCGAUUCCACGGAAUGACAUUCCUUUUUCUGUCAAUACAGUAGGUUUCAACGCCGGAUAUCCCUGGACCUUCCCUCCAGACAUAUAAUCUAUACUUCCAGCUUGUUCAACAUCUUUCCCGCGCUACCAUGGAAUCAUCAACGCUUCAAGUACGGCGUGGGGAUGAGGAGAUAGUCGAAUGCUGGGACGAUGAUGAAGACCUACAGUGCUACGAGGACAUCCAAUUGCGCACCGCAUCAAGUGCUACAUCGGUAACUAAUUCGUCUAUUCGCCGGUCUGGGCAUCGGGAUUCGAUAUCUUCUCGUCGUUCCGGACGCUCCGAUCUCGACUCCAACGCGGGCGGUGACGAGGAUUGGCAGGUCCAGCUACUAGACAAUGAAGAAGGUGUAAGCGAAGAGGCGAUAGCUUCUGCGAAGAGUGCUGGAAUUCCUUUACCUACAAACUUACCCAGGUCUGCUCUCGUUGGGGGUACUAUUAAACGUCUCGGACGGAGGAAACCUAAGCAAAAUUUCGAUGAUUGGUCUGAAGACAUGGAAUUCCCGGGGCCUGAAGGUGUAUUGGAAUUGAAGUGUCCGCAGGAGUCGACGUUUCCUGAGUCCCUUCGGCAGAUUAGCUCUGUUGCUGCAAGCCCUAUAAAAACCUCGGCUUCGCCUUUCUGGGGUGAUGAUGACAUUUCUUUCCAUUUGCAGUCGGCACUCGCCAAUUUGGAUAGCUACCAAAUCGAUGACAGUGUCAAUAGUGUUGAUGAUAUUCCUACAAUUAGAGCCCCGGGAUCUCGGUCUCCCCAGAGGGCUGGUCUUCUUGGCCACCCGAAGCCGGACCAACAGAAUCAAAACCUAGACAAUUUUGAGGAGGAUUUCGAGAUACCGGCGAAUGGCUUCCCUUUACAGCUAUCACAUCGCAAGGUUCACUCGAGAAUUACAAGCCCAACACCUGAUGAUAUUGAUGUUGACUGGUCUGAAGGUAGUAUUGGUGUCCGGUUUGGCGGCACUACGAGAGAUCAUCGGUCGAAUCCAAGCUCCUCAGUCUCUGUGGUCAGCCCCAGCGCUUCUAGCUGUUUAACCGCCGAGAGUGAGGAUGAGGGACUGGAAGGUCUCAUCAUCCCGGAAGGACCUUUGGAUCUGGAAACCUCUUUAAGGAAGCGACAGGAACCGAGAUGUGUAAGCCUAAGCAAUUCGGAACCGGUGAAGGCAAGCCACGAAUCAGCCAACCCUGAUAACUUCUUCUCGGGCAUUGAAAUCGAGGGCGAUGAUGCUUUUGACUCUAAGAGACUUUCGAUAAAUCCAAACGUCAAAUGCAAGACAGAACGUCCUAGCAGCCCAGUGAGGCGUUCAGCAACUACUCUUACAUUCACGCCCACAACAGUUUCCCCAAAGACCCGGAUACCCCGUCUUUCUGGUCAUGAUCGUCCGCACUCGACACACCUAGAAACUGUUUCAGAAAGCGGAGCUCCUCUAUCGAAUUUUCGAAGCCCCCCGUCGCGAACUGGCGGGCAUUCUUCCCAUAUGUCACUAUCUAGUCUUGCGACAUCUGGAUGUACAUCAAUGCCCCCUAUCACCUCAACUCCGAGUAUGCGGCUCGUCGGUACCCGAGCUGUAAAGGGAACUACCAGUAGUGAGCGUAUCACCGCCGGGAAUCAACUACUAAAAAAGAAACGAUCAAUGCCAUCGAUGAGGAGCACACAGCAGGCAGCAUUGUCUUCUUGUCAGCGUUCCCCUUCUCGGCAAGAAGGACCAAGUUUUUCUUCUAUUCGACCAAAAACUCCAGUUGAUCGCACAGGGGGUGACCCAAGGUCGCUGAGCCGUAGAUCACAAGCACCAUUCAUCCCAGCGGGAGCAUCAGAAAACCAGUCACAUCAUGCCAGCGUCAAAAAUUACCGGCAGCCCCGUCGAACAAACUCAGAUAGUUCCAAUGACACAUUCACUUCACAAGCUCCAUCUCGCAUGUCACGGUCGAGUCGCCAUGAUGCCUUCAGCAAUGCUGUAAAUGACUCAAGCCCCGAGACCCUAAUCGCUUCCACAAAGAGAACCCUUACUCGACCAGCCCGUCGGCGUAACUUUGGUGACGGUACUGAAUUGGCGUCGUUCGAUGAUUUGCCUACAUCUACCUCAACAGAAAGCAGAUUCGUCAAGCUUCCCUCUGGGCGUGGGGCCCCGCGGUCGCUCAGAAGUAGGCUAAACCGGAGCCACACCAUUCCAUCAAGGAUAGAAGCACCAACUCCCCAACAACCGGUACCAGGCAUUGCCCCAAAGUCCCAAGAUUCCACACCAAGAUUUGCGCGGGACACCAACGCUUCAAGAAACGCAAGAGAGCAACGCAUAGCCUCAAUGGCGUUUAAUGCGAAAAGUCGUGAAAGUCAAUCUUUUACUUCUUUGAACGCAGUUUGGAAAACACAAACAGUCUCGCGUGUUCCUUCAAGCUCGUCUACUGUAAGAAGCAGAAAAGGUAGACAGGCCACCAUGACUGGAUUCAAACCACAUUUAAUCAAACCUUUGGGGGCAGGCGUCCAAGAGCCCAAAUCUAUAAACGGCAUGCAGUACAACCCCGCCGCUUUCCGUUGGGAAGGAAAUGAAGGCUUGAUCCAGGGAUUUGAAACAGACUCACCUAAGUCACCAAAACCAGCUCCAGCUCUCAUCACUAAUGUUGGUGCGAUGCAGAAUGUGCAGGUUGUCGGGGGAAUGGUGUUCGACCCACGACGUAUGUGCUGGCUCAAAAUGGCGCCCCUGCAGCCUGGGACAAAGGGCUUGGUGGCUGUCCAGGAUGAGGAUGACGUUUUCGCUGGCCUUGGCGACCUGGAAGACAAGGCCGGAAAUUCUAGACUACGGAACUCAAGUGCCUAUUAUGACCUUGGUUUUGGUGCGAGCGGCGAUGACCGAAGCUGCGGAGACUCUUCAGACGAGUGGCCCAUGACGGAAGAAUUUGACGUUGGUCCAGAAUUCAUCAGGCGUCAGCGCGCCGAAGAAGAAAAAUGGAGGCGCAAGGUUGACAAAUGGAUCAGCUUUGAUCGUAUGAAAUUUGGAGAUGGCUGGCGAUGGGCUAUUCGAGACUUGGUGCAAUUCAACAGCGCUCGGGACCACGAUAGUGGGUAAUUUAUGAGGGACAUACUCAUACUCCCCUCUGCCGUGGGUGGAAAGAGAAGAAAGAGAGAGAGAAAAGAAAAGAAAUAUGGGGGGGAGGAAAGAACUUGAGGAAGC